AUCAACCCUGCCCUCCCUUCUUUGCCUCUCCAAUGCCGCCCUGGGCGACUGCCAUCAAAAGUUCUGGAGCGUGUAAAAAGCACCGAUGGUUUUUCAGAAAUGUUUGGGGCAACAGGGUUACUGGGAGACGUACAGUCCCUGUUGGAGUUAAUUAAAGCUGCAGCUUGAGAUCACAUUUAGAUGAGUUGGAUCGUGCCAACAGCAAUAGAGAGAGGGGCGUGUCUGCUCCUGGCCUGGAGGCACAUUAAUCGGUCUGCUGGCGGAGCGGAGGACGGGAAAAACGCAGCGCUGCGGAGGGAGGGAGGGACGGAGGGAGAGAGAGAGAGAGAGACAGGGGAGGAGGAACUACUAGUGGAAAAAAAAAAGUUAAAGUGAAAAUGGCUUCCUUGUCUUUAGAGUCUACAGAACAAUCUGAGAACAGCCCAGAGGAGCCAUCAGCAGCCGAGCCCAAAGAAGACAAAGAAACCGUCCGAAUUUCGGAACAUCUGCUCCAAAGUUUCCAGAAGUCGGCUCUGAGUUUCUCCACUGACCAGGUUUCGUGUCUGUGCGAGGCCCUGCUGCAAGCGGGUAAUGUGGAUCGCCUGUGGAGGUUUCUCUCCACCAUACCUCCUUCGUCCGAGCUGCUACGUGGCAACGAGACGUUGCUCAAGGCCCAGGCGCUGGUGGCCUUCCACCGGGAGGAGUUCAAGGAGCUGUACGCCAUCCUGGAGAGCUACGACUUCCACCCGUCUAACCAUGGGUUCCUGCAGGACCUGUACCUCAAAGCCCGCUACAAGGAGGCGGAGAGGUCCCGGGGCCGCAGCCUGGGCGCCGUGGACAAGUACCGGCUCAGGAAGAAGUUCCCCCUGCCCAAAACCAUCUGGGACGGGGAAGAGACCGUGUACUGCUUCAAGGAAAAGUCCCGGAACGCUCUGAAGGAAUGCUACAAGAGCAACAGGUAUCCCACUCCGGACGAGAAGAAAAACCUGGCCAAAGUCACCGGACUGUCCCUCACACAGGUCAGCAACUGGUUCAAGAACCGCAGGCAGAGGGACAGGACCCCGUCCGGGACCCACAGCAAAAGUGAGUCUGAUGGGAACCACAGCACUGAAGACGAGGCGAGUGUCAUGGACGAAGCGGCGGACAAACCUGAGGAGCCCGUUGGCUCUGGGGCUUCCAUCAUCUCCGUCUCGGCGGUCCCCUGUAGCGCCGGGAGCCAGCUCAUCCUCAACAGCGCCAGCGGCUUCCUCACGGCGCCGCAGCCUUUGCUGCUGAACGGAAACUCCCUGAUCUCUGGCGCCGGGGCCGGCGUCAUCAUCAACGGCCUGAGUCUGGGUGAUUGCCAGACAGUCACGCUGAGUCCUGUCACCACCAGCUCUCCUUUGAUCCUGAACGGGGCUCAGGUCAUAGCCAAACCCGGGGUCGGCGCAGAGCAGCAGAAGGCGGUGGAGGCCAAGGCGGCGGUUCUGAGCAGCCACAUGCAAUCUUCCGAGGCCUCCGCCAUCGUCUCUCCUCCACUUCAAACCAAAGCAAAGAGCGGCAACAACAUGGAUUUUCUCGUCCGCUGUGAAUCGGAAGGAGGCAGCCAGACGGUAUCCCCGUCCUCCUCGUCUUUAUCGCCCUCCCCGCCAGCUCUGUCGUCUCGCACCAGUCUUCCAUCUCUAGUCUUAACCCAGAACCCACAACAUCAAGAGCCGCUCUCCCUCACAGCGCCUCUGUCUUCUGCAGGCAUAGUUAUUUCUAACUCUCUAGGUCAGCAGAGGGCUUCUCCCUCGUCUGUUUCUUCCAUCCACUCCACCCCUCAUGUCAUCUCUUUGCCCCAAGUUGUGCCUUCCAUCCACUGUGCACCAGUCUCCCAUCUGGUCCAGACGUCUUUAGGAUCCCAGUGCCCUCAGCUCGUCCCAGUAUCCCCACUCGCCUCGCCGGCUCCACCGUUCCAAAACCCUCAGACUCAAAACCCGGCUGGCAGACCACCGGAGCAGCAGAAAGAGCCCCCAACAACUGUAUCUGAAUCUGCUGCGACUGUGGUUUCGGUCUCAGAGCUCAACAACGCUACCCUCCAGCAAAUAAACUCCACUCCCAGCAAAAUCCAGACUCCGCAGGCUCUCUCCACGUCUUCCCCAACUCCAGUAGUGCCGGUGUCACAAGCCAAAGGCAACAGCACCUCUGCACAGUUAGUCUCUCUCUCCAUGCCUCAGCUGGUCCCCGUCUCUUCCAUCCAGACCUCCUCCAACGUCUCUUUCCCUCAGGUGGUGCCGGCCAGCCCGGCUCUCUCCAUCCCCUCGGCCGGGUUGCCCUUGCAGAUCCUGGCUUCGGCUCCCGGAUCCGGAGGGGCUCCGCAGACCCCGCUCCGGAUAAACCCGCUGAGUCCGAUUCAGAGAGUGGGGAACCCAAGCAGCGUGGCCCCCGCCGUGCAGCUCCUGAACCCUGGGAUCAUUCAGCUACCUUCGUCUCCAACAGGGAACCUCGUUCUUGGUGGUAGUCCUUAUCUGAGUGUCCAACAGGGGAAGCUGAUUCUGACCAUCCCAGCAGGGAUCCAGCUCACCAGUUUACCCUUGAAACCAGUCCCCGACGCACCCGCCAUCUCUGCCAACGGCAUGGCGGGGCUUCUCGGCCCCUCCGCGCCUCCCGCGGCCCACCAGCCUCCGUCCGCCUCCGGCCCGGCAGCUUCGCCCUUGAACUUCAUCAGCUCCUCCCCUCUGUACUGUGCUCCGGACUCCGCUGUCGUCACCAGCCAGGCGCUCGCCGACCAGCCUGUCACCAUGACGACCCAGAGCGCGCUCACUCCGGAGAGCAUGCUGGCCUUGGGCCCCAUGUACAGCAGCGUGGCGCCGAGCCUCCAGCUGUCCCAGCCGGCGUGGAGCCCCGUGUCGCUCUCCACCUCGGCCAGCCUGACUCUGUUUGACAUGCGGGGAAAAGGCGAGCUGCCCGUAGACCCUGCCCUGCUCGGCCUGCCCGGCGGGGAGUCGCUCCUGCUGGGAAGCCCCUCGCCGGGGCAGGAUGAGGAUGCCAGGUCUCCCCUGGGGGACCCAGAGGAGAUGGACGCGGACCCCAAGAUCCUCACUCAGCUCCAGUCAGUCCCCGUGGAUGAAGACCUGGGUUUGUAGUCUAUUAAAACUGUACGCUGGCGACAAUGAUCUCUGAAAAACUUUAGUUUCUCCUCAUGACCCGACACUCUUUAAACAUAUUAAUUAGGUAUUUAAAUGUUUUAAAGCCUUCACAGUCCUGAUUGGCACCUUUGAGAGAAGUUUUUGCAGUUUUGUUUCACGGCGUUUGGCAGCUCCAGUCAGAACCUUGCAUACGCUUUUCAUGGAAAUCAAUGUCAUGCUGGUUUUGGACAUUUAAAGAUUUAUUUGAAACAGGAUGAAAUGAUUUAUAAAUCAUUACAUCCUGCAAGAAGGAUGUAAUGCAUUAAUGUGCAUUUAUCUCAUUACCUACUUUGACCUAAAAGCGUCAAUACAGAAAAGUGAAUGGAUCCACUUUAAAUAUAAAUAUAGAAAACAUUUUCUUUUCUUUCUACCAGCACAUUUCUUCUAAAAGCUUAAGAUGGAUAUAAAAUAAUGUUGGUUUUUAAACCAUAAAAUUAAUUCUUGAUUCCAGACAUAAAACCUGAUUAUCUCCUCUUUUUUUAAAGGGUUUAGUUUUAGACGAAUGUUCUUUUUAAUGAGGCUGAAAGUGAGAAUUUCUACUUGGAGAGUAAAUGAUCCUCAGCCCUAAGACGAGCAGUUAACAGCUGGAUCUGCAGCAAACCCAAACACAUGGAAACUGAGGUUAGAAGUACAAAACGGGCCAACGCUUGGCUUCAGGAAUGCCCUGACCUCAACUAUGCUCAAAAUUUGUGGAAUAUUCAUAAAGGCUCGGCCAGAUCCAGAGAAAAACCACUUAAAUGUGGUUCACCAGGAAGGUUUUCAUCCACGAAUACCUCCUCACCCGGUUUUAUUUUCUAUUCAAAGCUCUCCUGGAGUCAGAAAAAUAAACAAUGAGUCAGAUACAUCUUUAGAUUAAAAAA